AUGCGUCCCGGAUCUUUGCCGCUUCUUGUGGCUUUCGCCAUCGGAGGCCUUCAGCUGGUUGCAGCUGAAGAUGACUUGCAUGUCGAACGUCCGCGCUACUAUUUCCCUCGCGAGGUGAAGCGAAUUGUUCGCAAUUACACCAACCCCGACCCCGAGAUCACCAACGACAACCCGCUCGGCUCGUUGCUCGGCAGUGCUGAAAAUAUUCUGGGCGGUGGUUCUGAGACGGCUUCCUCUCAGGCCUCUCCAGCGCCUACUUCUUCGAACGACGGAAAGGAGGUGGUUGUGGUAGUCUCUAUUGACAGUGACAACCAUCGUCACACCCUAACCACGACCACUCGCUACGCCCAGCCAACUCACGCGGUUACCACAUCUACCACGUCUGACAGCUCCGAUUCGAACGCCUCGAAUGCUGCGAAUACUGACGACACUUCCGGCAGUACCAACACCGACGCGACCAAGACCGCUUCCGCCGCUUCUACUGGAUCCACUAACGGUGGCCUCCUGGCUGACGUCGGCAACACUGUCGGCGGCGUUGUGAGCGGUGUUGGAAACGCUGUGAACAGCCUCGGCAAUGGUACCUCGGCCACCACUGGUUCCAGCACUGACGCAGCCCUCACCAAGGACUCCACCUCCGAUUCGACUGCGGCUACCGCGGCUGCUCCGACAACUACUGACGCUGGCCUCCUGAAUGAUGUCGGCAGUGUUUUGAAUACUGUCGGCGGUGAUGUUGGCACUCUUCUCGGUAGUGGCUCGAACACCACUACCACCAAGGGUUCCAUUCCUCUCGUGACCAAGACGUCUUCCUCUGCUGUUUCUCCUUCCGAGGCCACCACUGGUUCUUCGGGCGGUGUCCUGGGAAACCUCAUCAGUGACCUCGGCCUCGGUGGCUCGACCUCAGCUGCUCCCAAUGCCACUUCCUUGACCGGCGCGCCGAUCAUUCCCGUCAGCGUUCCUGCGUCUGCCAUCGCCUCGUCAACUGCGACUGCCUCCUCGGAGAACCCUCUUGGCUCCCUCGCCAGUGGCCUUGGACUCGGCGGUCUCGUCCCCGGCACCGAGACCAGCGGUAGCGGCAUUGGCCUGAUCCCCACACCCUCGGCACCCACUAGCAGCCCAUUUAAGUCGACUGCCCUCACUGGCACUCCCACUGCUGGCACUGGAGCCGGUUCCCCCACCAACUCUGUGGGUAUCGUCCCUACUCCUCACAUGCCUGGCGGUUCUGGCUCUGGCACCCCAUCUGGCUCUGGUUCUGGUUCUGGAUCCGUCCCUACCCCUACCGGUAACUUCCAGUCCUCGAAGGUCCAUACGUCAACUUCCACUCCUGUUGUCGUCAUCCCGGUGGAGACAACUAGCACGACCGAGUCCAAGACGACUCAGACCCCCACGGAGCAGCCCAGCUCAACCAACACAAACGAUUGGAUGCCUUCCAGCAUUCUUGUGUUGCCCACCGUCACUCCCUCUGAGUCUACCAACACCGGCACCAACACCCAGCAGACGAGUGAGCCUACUCAGCUUCCGGGCUCAAUUACACCCUCCAACAGUGUCUCCGAGGCCCCCGCGGACUCCAUGCUGCUCCAGCUUGGAUUCGACGGUCACCUUCCCUGGCCUUUCGUUGCGACCACUCCUCUGUCUUCCUCUCAGAUCUUCGAGUACGUCCCGCAGGCUCUGAAGAAUGCCAUGCCCAAUGCCGGAGUCACCAUGUUCGCCCUCGAGCCUUACUACUCAUGGCAGAGCAAUGGCUACAAUGCCACGCUGGCGAUCUUCUACUUCCCCCGUUCCAAGAUGCAGGCCCUCAAGGACAUGAAGCUCAACCCCAACUCUGCUCUCUAUCAGGACCAGAGCGACGCUGUCAAGACCAUCAUGUCCAUGAUCAACCCCGCCAUCCCUCUCGAGUUCUCCGGCAACUACCCUACCGACGGCAACGAGGACACUGGCAACACCGGUGGUGACGGAGGCAAGAGCUCCGGUGGCAACAACGCCAACAACACCGACGGCUCCGCCUCCAGCUCCAAGGCCAAGGCCAGCUCCGUUGGCAUUGGUGUGGGUGUUGUGGCCGGUGCCGCCGCCUAUGGUGCCGGUAUGUUCUGGGUCGCCCGCCGCUACCGCAAGAGAAAGCAGCUGCACCAGCGCUCCAGCUCGACCGUUGACCAGAUGAGCCAGGCCUCCCAGGCUGGCUCUGUCUUCGCUGCCGGUGGCCGUGCCUCCAGCCAGCGCUCGCAGAUGAUCAGUGCGCCGGUGAUGGCCGAGAACUCUCUGGGCUGGAACUAG